CACAACGUAUCAACUUUGAUAAAUAAAAUUUCACCCUAAAAGAAGAAAAAAAAGAACUUUUGAUAAAUAAUCUUUUUACCACAUGACUCACCCUUGAAUGGUUUAAAAUAAUACCAAAAAAGGGGAGAGACAUGGUGCCCUGCUAAGCCAACAUUUGGCAAGCAACAUCCAAAACCAAAUAGGAGCACAUUUCCUAGUUCUGGAGACUUUGAUCAAUCACGGGCAAUUGGAUAAUAAGUUAACAAAACUGCUCCCCCCAAAAUAUGCUUUUUAUUAUUUGAUCGAUCCAUCCAUCCAUCCAUCUAUAUAUAACCGCACAAAUCCAUCACCAACCACAACUCAAACAGUUUAAUUCACUCCCAAAUUCUUUAGCCAUGAUGAGCUUGGACGUCUACCACAGCCUGAUCUUCGGCGGGAUGAACAAGCAUCAUGAUUGGGCCAGCUCGGAUCAUUACUUCCACGUGGCGGCCGCGGCGGCGCAGUCGUCGUCGGAGGUGGUGGAAGCAGCGAUUGGUGAUCAUGGAAUCGACGAGGAUGACAUCUUGUACGCGGAGCUGAGCAGGCAGGUCCUCCUGCUGACGGCCGAUGACGACGAGGAUAUCGAAGAAGUGGAGGCUCGACGGCGCCGUUUCGAUGACGUCGGUAGUGGUUACGGUAACUUCAUGAAGAGGUCGGCGUCGGUGAACAGCAACGAGGGUUUCAACUGGAGUAAUUUUGGGUCGGAUUUUUUUACUGCUGGGGUUAAUCAUCAUCAUCAUCAGUAUGGAAAUUUACCUGCUGCUGCUGGUCGUGGCGGCGGCGGCGGCUGGCCGCAGGGGAAUUCGACGUGGGGGAGCGCUGCUGUUAAUACGGGGACUGGGGUUUUCAUCCCUCAUGUGGCCAACUCAAAGAGAAGGAGCCGGCGAGGCAAGAAGAACGGGAAGAAGAGAGCCGCAGCCGGAAGCAAGCAAGCUGGUGAGAGCAAGCAAUGAUUACUGACUGUGGCUGCAUGUAGAAUUCUUUUUUAUCGAUGGAUUGGUUUGGUUAUAAGAGGAAAGGAGGAUUCUUUCUGCAAUUGAAGGGAGAGAGCUUGUUGGCUCUAUUUUUUUUUUUUUUGGUGUGCUGCUGCUGAUGAUUUUUGUUUCUGUGUGUGGGAUUCCUGUGAUCCUGAUGAUUUUGUUGCCAUCUAUUUAUUUCCUGCCAUAUUUUUCCUUUCUGAGUGUAAGAAGGGAUCUGUAUGUUAACCAUAAUUUUGGUUUUUCUUCUCUGGGUUUCCAGCAACUAUACCAAUUGAUGUAUUGUUUUGAUGAUGAGAUGAAUGGCAAAACCAGCCAGAAAUAAGUUGAGAGAAUGAAAGAGAUUUUCUUUA